AUGGCAGACGAGAGUAAAAGUUUAUUGGCCCAGCAAGGAAUUCAGAAAGGGCUGCGCGCAGAAAAGCCAAAGGGGAUGGAAGACGAUGAUUGGCAAGAUCUGCAGGAACGGGCAGCCGAGACGAUUUGGUUGUGCCUUGCAGAUGAAGUUAUGUAUCACAAGAGGUUAUACGGGAUGAAGAUGCAGGAGGGGACCAAUUUAGGGCAACAUGUGAAUAUCUUCAAUCAGGUUGUCACGGAUUUGGCUUCACUUGAAGUCAAGAUUGAAGAUGAAGACAAGGCGAUGAUUUUACUGUGUUCGUUACCACCUUCUUACGAACAUAUGGUGACUACCCUUACAUAUGGGAAAGAAACGAUCAAGACUGAAGAGAUUACUUCAGCGUUGUUGGCUCACAACCAGCGGAAACAGAAAUCUGAAGAGUCAUCUUCUCAAAGUGACAAUUUAUAUGUGAAGGGUAACCAUGAUCGUGGAAGAAAACAGGUGCGGGAUAAUUCAGGAAAUCGGAAUUUCAUAUCCAAGUCGCGAGACGAAUCGAAAGGGAAGAAAACUGUGACGUGUUAUAAGUGCAAGGAACAAGGGCACUUCAAACGGGAUUGCCCAAAGUGGAAGAAACAGACUGCUGAUAUGUCAUCCAAGUCUGCGAAUGUGGUACAAAAUGAGGAAUCCGAUUGCAGUGAUGGAGAUAUGUUAUGUAUUUCGACUACGCAGUAUGAUGAUGCCUGGAUUCUCAAUUCUGGAUGUUCAUAUUAUAUAACGCCUAACAGAGAGUGUUUUGCUACUUAUAAACCAGACAACUCAGGUUCUGUUUUUCUUGGUGAUGAUAGAUGCUGCGAUAUUGUCGGUAUUGGAGAUGUCAAAAUCAGGAUAAAUGGUUUCAUUCCCAAGGCUGAUGAGGAUAGGGAAACCAUUAAGAUUGUGAAGGGUGGUUUGACUGUGAUGAAGGGGAGGAUCACUACAGGGAACAUUUACAAACUGUUGGGAAUUCUUGAUAAGGGGGAGAGUUCGAGUUCUGCACCUGAUGAUGUUGAUCAUGAUGUUUCUGGCCCAACUGAUGUGCCAGAGAGCUACAAGUUAGCUCGGGAUAGAGUGAGGCGUACCAAUAUACAAGCUCCGAUUGGCUACAAGCGUUGUGAGUUUGAUUGCUGUGUUUACACUAAGAGCCUUGGUGAUGGUUCUAUGAUUUUUCUGUUACUUUAUGUUGAUGACAUGCUUAUUGCUGCCAAGAAUAUGCGUGAUAUUGUUGAUCUGAAAAGCCUUUUGAGUCAGGAAUUUGAGAUGAAGGAUUUGGGGGCUGCGAAGAAGAUUUUUAGGAUGGAGAUUCACAGGGACAGAGGAUCGAAGAAGCUGUGGUUAUCUCAGAAGGGUUAUGUGGAGAAGUGCCCCAAGUCGGACAAGGAGACUCAGGAUAUGGUAGAGAUACCAUAUGCCAGUGCUGUUGGAUGUCUGAUGUAUGCCAUGACGAGAGUAAAAGAUUUAUUGGCGCAACAAGGAAUUCAAAAAGGGCUGCGUGCAGAAAAGCCAAAGGGGAUGGAAGACGAUGAUUGGCAAGAUCUGCAGGAACGGGCGGCCGAGACGAUUCGGUUGUGCCUUGCAGAUGAAGUUAUGUAUCACACUGAGGAGAUUACGUCAGCGUUGUUGGCUCACAACCAGCGAAAACAGAAAUCUGGAGAGUCAUCUUCUCAAAGUAACAGUUUAUAUGUAAAGGGUAACCAUGAUCGUGGAAGAAAACAGGUGCGGGAUAAUUCAGGAAAUCGGAAUUUCAUAUCCAAGUCGCGAGACAAAUCGAAAGGGAGGAAAACUGUGACGUGUUAUAAGUGCAAGGAACAAGGGCACUUCAAACGGGAUUGCCCAAAGUGGAAGAAACAGACUGCUGAUAUGUCAUUCAAGUCUGUGAAUGUGGUACAAAAUGAGGAAUCUGAUUGCAGUGAUGGAUAUAUGUUAUCUAUUUCGACUACGCAGUAUGAUGAUGACUAG